UACAUCAUCAAGUUUUGCAGCACUCGCGGAUGAACGGCCGGAAUAUAAACGUGUAGUCAAGUAAACGAAAUCGAGAGAUCACGACGAUGAAAAAGUUUUUCAUAAUAUUGCUGGCCAUCGGCCUCGUCUCUCUACAAUCCGGGGACGCGCUCAAGUGCAGAAUAUGUAAGGGAAAUUGUGAUUCACAAAAUCAAAAUGAAAUCCAAGUGCAGGAAUGUAGCGCAUCGAAUGUAGAAUCAUCGACUUCAGUACCAUCGACUCCAGAAUCAUCGAGUCCAGGAACAUCGAGUCCAGGAACAUCGAGUCCAGGAACAUCGAGUCCAGGAGCAUCGAGUCCAGGAGCAUCGAGUCCAGAACCAUCGAGUCCAGAACCAUCGAGUCCAGAACCAUCGAGUCCAGAACCAUCGAGUCCAGGAACAUCGAGUCCAGAACCAUCGAGUCCAGAACCAUCGAGUCCAGAAUCAUCGAGUCCAGGAACAUCGAGUCCAGGAACAUCGACUCCAGCACCACCGACUCCAGCACCAUCGACUCCAGCACCAUCGACUCCAGCACCACCGACUCCAGCACCAUCGACUCCAACACCACCGACUCCAGCAUCAUCGACUCCAACACCAUCGACUCCAGCACCAUCGACUCCAGCACCAUCGACUCCAACACCAUCGACUCCAGCACCAUCGACUCCAACAACAUCGACUCCAGCACCAUCGACUCCAGCACCAUCGACUCCAGCACCAUCGACUCCAGCACCAUCGACUCCAGCACCAUCGACUCCAGCACCAUCGACUCCAGCACCAUCGACUUCAACAUCAACGACUCAAAAAUCAAAAGGAUCGGAAGACAAAGAAGACAAACAUUUCAUGGGUUAUUUCAAUGAUAGAAAUGAAAGGAAGCGUAGAAGUUUGCUCAACCGUUUUUCCUCAGAAAUAAAUGCACGCGCAAAUGAUUCUACUUUCUAUUGUUUUACUAUGAAAAAUGACGAAGGAAAAAUCGCGGAAUUGGGAUGUACUUCUGACAAGAACAUUUGUGAAAAUAAUGAAAAGUGUAUCAUAUGUGACAAAGAUGAAUGUAAUUCGGCAACAUCGAAUACUAUUUUCGCUUCUAUGGUGUUCUCUUUGUCGGUAAUCAUAUUUUUCAUGAAAUAAAUAAAUUGUCAAUUUAUUUAUUAUAAAAUAUACUUUUUCGAGAAUCAAAGAUCGAUAUCGAUCGAUUUUCUUCGUUUUUUCGUGAUAAACAUCGAUAUUUAAUCUAAAAAAAAAAAAAAAAUGCAAACAAAAUUUUAUAUAUCAUUAUUUAUAUAAUGUCAAGAUUCUAUGUUUGUAUCUAAUUGGCCAAUAAAAACUUGUUUUAUGUUACCUAAAUUAAAUUCAAAAACUUAAUCAAACUAAAAA